GUCGACCUCGACUAUUCCUGAUUGUGACACCGCUAACGGAUCUCGGUGUGAUACCAGAAACCUCCGUAAUAUCACUCAACAUGCUCAGCACGGAUCUUUGAAGUGUGAUGAUGACCGUAAUGUUUCAACUUGUUCAACAGAGAAGGAAUCUUUUUCUGUCUCUGAUCCUACUGACAUCAAGGCCCAAAAGCCUUGUGACCUUGACGAGUUGGACAUGAGAUAUAUAACCAUUAAUGGCACAUCACCUGCUAGCCUCUGCAAAUCAACUCAAAUAAGUGAACCAGACCAACAUGAUGGCACAUCGGAGUCAUACUCACAGGUUGCUAGUUCUCAGGACGAGGGCAAGCAUGACGAGAAAGACACUUCAAGUCCUUUACCGUCGGGGAUACUUGGCUUAUUUUCGCCUAGUACUGAUUUAGAUACGUCUGGCAACGUUCAGCUCACAUCGUGUACGAGGGAGAUCGCAGGGUCUUAUGGAGCACCAAUCUCUCCAGUCAGUAGAUCGCGUUCACCCAGCAGUGGAUCAGAUGAAACACAAAGGAAUUCAUUCUCUUCUGGUAUAACCAACGUGCUCCUCCUGAGGUCCGGUGACGUGGAGAAAAAUCCUGGUCCAAAUACCGACCUUGGGAAUCUAACUGAGUUUGAACUUCAUUUCCUUGCUGACGGUAUGGAUCCAUCAGACUUCACGAAGGUUGGACUAGCUUUAGGAUUUACUGAGGCUCAACUAAGUCGAUUCAAGGAAGACAACAUUGGAAACAUAAUGCAAGCUACCUAUAAGAUGCUUUGUGAAUGGCUGAAGACAGUACGAGAUAGUGAGGCGAGGAAGACACUGUCCAUCAAGUUAAAAGACAUCAAUCUGGUACAGCUUGCCGACAGUGUAGAGAAAGGUAAGGCCGGAGAUCACAUACCAUCAAUGACGGAAGAUGAAUUCCAACGGGUCAUCAAAGAGGUCAAGAAAUAUUCGGCCAUUCACCACUGUCAAAUUCAAGCCGAUCCACUGAACAGCCGACUUAUACUUGAAUUUAAGCGGAUUUUCACAAAUCUGACGUUGAUGGAGGAAGAUAAGGGAACUGAGCAUAAGACGCCGCUACUCUACGAAGACCUCCUCAAGACCAAGGUAAACGGAGUCUUUCCUCAACGCUUGUUGGUUGAAGGUGAAGGUGGUGUGGGGAAGACAACUCUCUGUGCAAAGAUCGUUUGGGACUGGAUUCAUGGAGCAGGCUACCAAGAUUUCAAACUUGUACUUCUCGUCCUCCUUCGUGAAGUAAAGGAUAAGACUAUUGGAGAUAUUAUAAAGUCCUACCUCCCAGACGACAAUAUGGUUACAGCCAUGCAGCUAAACAAGUAUGUAUUUUCCCAUCAGAUAGACGUCCUUCUCGUUCUGGACGGUUUUGACGAGUUUGCUGGCGAUCUUGAUAGCUGUUACCAAAUCGCCCUUAUCAUCCUGAAUCGGCUAUUCAAGUCAGGGAAAGUACUAAUCACAUCCAGACGUUGGAGAUCAGAUGAGAUACGAAAGAUUCAAGAGCUUAGAAAGCUUUAUGCCUUCAUUGCCGUGGAAGGUUUCUCUGAUGAAAAUCUAUCUUCCUACGUCACCAAGUUCUUCAAUCCAGACACAACUUCGGCUGAAGAUUUGAAUCGAUUUAUAUCAAAUAACGAUGUAAUCAGAGAGAACAUGGCUCCAUACCCCAUAUACACAGCUAUGCUGUGUAUCAUGUGGAAAGAUUUCGAUGGCGAACGUCGCAUAGCAAUGUCGAAGUUACAAACAUUUUCUCAGCUGAUUGAUGAGAUGGUUCAAUUCUUGGUCGAUCAUUAUCUUUCAAAGCUCGGUCUGACGUCAAGAGACGAGGAAUGGCAUGUUCAGCGUGCAGAAGUACUUCUCCAUCUAUCCAACAUCGGUUGUCUUGCCUUCCAGGGGCUCGUGGAAAGGCGAUUAGUGUUCAGUGAACAAGAGUUCAAGAGCUGGCCAGGGUGUAUUAACACAGGUUGUCAAGUUGGAGUACUCACUAAACAAGCACCGAUCCUUCAGAGGAGACAACAAAGAUACAAUAAACAUCCCGCAGACUCAUCCGUGCAGUUCCCCCACAAGCUGUUUCAGGAGUAUCUAUCAGGGAUGUAUCUUGCAUCUCUUCACAACUCAAACAGAAGCGAGUACGACAGGUUGAUGGAGGAUAUAGUCGGAAAUGCACGUGAAUUCCGCGAGCUUCUGUACUUCACCUCGGCCCAACAGAAGGAGGUCGGAUUGGAUAUCAUAACUAGUCUCAUAGAAUCAAAACGCGUUAUGGGAUAUGGGCGUACAGAUGAUGACUUCAUUGUUGAUGUAGCAUAUGAGAGUCAAGACCAAACAGUGGCCAGAGCUGUGGCAGAUCAUCCAUCGACUUCAUCCAGCAACACACUUGAGAUCAGGGAACAUAUGCAGGCCCACACGGUAUCAGGACAUCUCUUCAUCGUGAAUCAUCGUAAAGUGGUAAAUAAUUUCAACAAAAAGUACACACCCUCUUAA